AUGGGCAACACUGCUUACGAUCUGGGUGUGACGCGGUGGUUGCUUGAACGAUCUCUGAAGUAUUUGAAGAGGCCCCACCAGAACCCUCGCAUCCGGGACAAACCACAGACUGCCCAAAACCUUCAUCACCAAUGGGACGACCACAAAAUAGAUGCAUGUGACAGGAUCACGUUGGGCAUCGGUGGACAGAGCCAACAGAUUCGCCGCAACCUCCACACGGAGCCGUAG